AUGAAAUUUGCUAGUAUUUUAAUCGUUUUAAUCUUCAAUUGGAUAUUAUGGGCAACUAUUAAAACUACUCCAACUCAAAACAGUUUAGCUAGAAAAACCGAAAAGAAGUGUACGGCAGCUAAAAUAUUAAGUGAUGAUGGUGAAUCGUCGGUUAAUCCUCAAAUUCAAAAAUAUAAAGAAAUGGUAAAACCAAAAUUGAAAAAUAGUAAAAAGGACACAAGUAGAAAAAAUAAAAGGAACAAAGUGUUUGAUAGAAGUGAAUAUAAUAAAGAAUAUAACCGGAAAAAUAAUGAAAAGAGGCGUGAAUAUAAGCGAAAUUACUAUAAAAGUAAUAAAGAAAAAUGUUGCCAACUUAUAAAAACUUACUACCAAAAUAAUAAGGAAAAGCUUUUGAAAAACAUGAAAACGUAUAGACAAAAUAAUAAAGAAAAGAGAAAUGAAUACGAGCGAAAAUGCCGACAAGAAAAGAAAAAAUUUCAUUCUGAUAAUAAUGAAGGAACUUCAUUUGUUAAUCCACAGAUUGAUGAUUUUAUUAAUAAAGGUAAAUUAUCAAUUGUUUGCGAGGAGAAAGGAAAUCUUUAUAAUCAAAGAGAGGAGGAAUGCUAUUAUGCCGAGGAUGAGCAAAAUCAAAUCGAGGUAGAAGAACCAAAUAAAAUUCUUAAAGAUAACACAAUAGAUUUAAAUAAUAAAAUUCAUCCUUUUGAUCUGAAUGAGAAGCCUGAUUAUGAAGAAAUUGAAGAUUAUUAA